UCUCUCUAGGAACGAUCGAUCUACGGACGAAGAAGGCCUCCUUCGAAGUACUUCAAAAGAUGGGCAGGGAUGUAUCUGUUAGUUUAGGGGAAGACUAUCCAGGGCAUGACUGUUAGUUGGUGGGGUCUCCUUAAUAUUGUCCUCCUGGGUUACGAUGCUGCUUUUUCAACUAAAUGAAAGAACAGCGCUUAGCCUCGUGUUGUGAAUGAGGGAAAAUGAUUUCGCACGAUCAAGAUCAUGGUUUUGUACAGUGGGGUCUCCAGCUCUUUGACAGUGAUCCGUAUUCCAAUUGCGGAUACUGCAGUACCGUGACUCAGGAUAAUUUAGACUACUAUCAGGGACCCUACUUCAAGGAAGAUGAUUAUAGCAUGGAAUUUGGGAAUGUGGAGAAUGAUGCACUUAUAGCACAUGCUCUUCAAGAGGAACUAUCUCAGCUGGCUGUUACAGAAACAGAUCAAUCUGCGCAUGAAGAAUCAGAACAGUUGCAAUCAUCUUUCUUCUCACACGAUUGGCCUGACCAAUCUAUUCAAAACUAUGCUUCAGGACAGGAGGAAGCAGAAGCUAUUUUACAUUCCAGUUCAUGUCCUAGCCCUGAUGAAGAGGUUUGCUGCAGGGAAGACUGGCCAUAUUCCUUAGAGCUUCCAGAUGAGUAUGCCUAUGAUGGCGAACUGGGUAGGCGGAUAAAUCAGAUGAUUUGUGUUCCGCAUGUGCCAAAAACCAAUGGUGAGAUUCCAUCAGUGGAUGAAGCUACUUUAGAUCAUCAACGGCUACUUGAGAGAUUGCAGCUUUAUGGUCUGGUGGAGUGCAAAGUUCAAGGAGAUGGUAACUGUCAGUUCCGAGCCCUGUCUGAUCAGAUCUACCACACCCCCGAGCACCAUGACUUUAUGAGACAGGAAAUCGUUAAACAGCUGAAGUCUUGCCCAGAGAUAUAUGAGGGAUAUGUGCCUAUGGCUUAUGAGGACUAUUUGGAGAAGAUGUCUAAGACUGGUGAAUGGGGUGAUCAUGUCACAUUGCAGGCUGCUGCAGACUUGCAUGGCGUUAGGAUAUUUGUCAUAACUUCUUUCAAGGACACAUGCUACAUUGAGAUUCUUCCAAAUGAUCAAAAGUCUAAACGAGUUAUAUUCUUGAGUUUUUGGGCAGAGGUGCAUUACAACUCAAUAUACCUGGAGGGAGAUGUAUCUCCAUCUAAGAUGAAGAAGAAGAAAGGAUGGCGAAUGUUCCGGAACAAGCACUUGGAGUCCUCAGAGGAAUAUUACUGACACAGGAUAUCAUAGACUCAGAGCAGACUCAUAUGUCACUGCGGCAGAAUUCCUUUUAUCUCUCUGUCAUGUACUUCCAGGUCGUGCUCUCAUAGUUCGCAUAAUGCAAGGAGAAGCUUCAUCCGUCUCUUUCAUCCGGCCUCGGCUCCAUUGUACAUGUCCUAACUUUGCCCGAGACUUUUCUUUCUGGCUUUAUUCUUUGAAUAAGUUGAUUUGAUCUUGUGGAAUUCUUUCACAGAACAGCUAGGCAUGACAUUUUAUCUACUUCUCCUCUUCAGAAAAUUGCACUCUUUUAUGGAGUUUGCAACUGGGGUAUGCGAUUGCAAUCGCAUGUCGUGUAGUCAUUUAA